ACUUCACAUCUUUCUCAAAUCAAUCUCUUCUUCUGUUGUUUUUUUGCCAUUUAGUUUCGCUCUAUCUUUAUCUCUACAUAUGCACCUUCUUCCAUAAUUUUCUUGAAACAGAUAUAUCUUUGUUUGAUUAGCUAGUUAGCUCUUUCGUAUCCACAAAUGGUGCUAUCAAAACGUAGCCACAGGUUUUUCAAGUUCAGGAUUCCUGUUUAUUCAUGCCAAACAAAUCCCACUUCUUAUAAUUGAUAAUUAUCAUCACCUUCUUUUGAAUUUCUGAAGUUCGUUUUGAUGUUUUAAGCUGAAAAAAAGUCCUCUCCACAAGCAUAUUCUUGCAACCCCACUCUUCUCAAUUAACACUAGUAUACAAAGAAAAGGAAAGUUGGUUUUCUUUUUUGUCCAUUGGUUGAUAAAAAGAAAGGUGUUUUCUUCCCUACCAUUCACAGCUUCAAACCCACCAUCUAUUUACUGUUUCUAAAUAGGUUUUUGGAUUCUUAUCAUCUCUAAAUAUCUGCCAAAAGAUUUCAUCUCUAUCUCUCUCUCUCUCUCUCUCUCUCUCUGUUAUAUUUUUGGGAGCUUUUGUUUGAAGCCAGAUGACUGCCAAGGACUAUCAGUUUGCACGUGCAGUAGUUGAAAUGGCUUGGAUUAUGCUAAGUGUUGAUUACUCAAGGCUGUUUUGGUUGUUGUUUGGUGUUUUCUCUUAUGAAAAUCAUGAAGGAAAGCCUCGGAUCAUCUAGCACUACCAGCUAGCCAGCCGCUAUAUUAAACCUCUCUUCUUUACUUUCCAUAAAUAUUAAGUGUUUGAUAGUAAAUACUACCUAGUAUAUUUUAAAUAUAAGCAGGCAGAUACCAACGGAAAAAGGGGGCUCUUGAUCAUAUUCAGUGGUAGCCAUGUACAAGACAACUCGAUCAGGAGGGGGAUCCAUUGAUGGAGCAAAGCAACAGCAUGGUUAUGUUGAAACUGACCCUUCUGGCCGCUACGGACGUUUCAGAGAAAUGCUUGGCAAAGGAGCUAUGAAGACCGUGUACAAAGCUUUUGAUGAGGUUCUUGGGAUGGAGGUGGCAUGGAAUCAAGUGAAACUUAAUGACGUUUUAAGUUCAGCAGACGAAUUGCAUAGGCUAUACUCUGAAGUUCACCUCCUUAAGAACCUUAAACAUGAAUCCAUCAUAAAAUUCUACUCAUCUUGGAUUGACAUUGAUCGAAGAACCUUCAACUUCAUCACUGAAAUGUUUACCUCAGGCACACUAAGAGAGUACAGAAAGAAGUACCAGCAUGUAGAUAUUCGAGCUGUCAAGAAUUGGGCCCGUCAAAUUCUCCAAGGACUUGCUUAUCUUCAUGGCCAUGAUCCUCCUGUUAUUCAUAGAGAUCUCAAGUGUGACAACAUUUUCAUCAAUGGUCAUCUUGGACAAGUCAAGAUUGGUGAUCUAGGCUUAGCAGCUAUUCUUCGCGGAUCACAACAUGCUCGUAGUGUCAUAGGCACGCCUGAAUUUAUGGCACCAGAAUUAUAUGAAGAGGAAUAUAAUGAACUUGUAGACAUCUAUUCCUUUGGCAUGUGUGUGUUAGAAAUGUUUACUUCUGAGUACCCUUAUAGUGAGUGCUCGAAUCCUGCACAAAUAUACAAGAAAGUAACUUCGGGAAAGUUGCCUGAGGCAUUCUACAAGAUUAAAGAUACUGAAGCUCAGAAAUUUGUGGGAAAAUGUUUAGAAUCUGCUUCAAAGAGGUUGCCUGCUCGAGAGCUCUUGUUGGAUCCGUUUCUAUCAUCCGACGAAGGAAAAUUGCUGCCUGUCACAAAAAUCCCAAUUCAAAGGUCAAGUUCUAAUGCAUCAGAGGAGAUCAUUCCAUCUUUGUUGGCUGAUCCAACCAAGGACACUGAAAUGACCAUCACAGGGACUAUGAACCCUGAUGAUGACACGGUUUUCCUCAAAGUUCAAAUAUCUGACAAGGAUGGUCACACAAGGAACAUUUAUUUUCCUUAUGACACAAUGAACGACACUGCAAUUGAUGUUGCGGUGGAGAUGGUGAAAGAAUUGGAGAUCACUGAUUGGGAGUCACUGGACAUUGCUGAAAUGAUAGAGGAACAGAUAGCAUCUUUAAUUCCAAGCUCGAAAGAGUGGGGCUUAUUCCAGCAGCAGCACAGCUUCAACUAUGACGAUGAUGACGAAUAUGACAAUGAUGGAAACCACCAUCCUUUCCACUCCUUCUCCUCCCGUUCUUCAUCUCAAGCUUCGCUUUUAGCUUUAAGCUCUCCAUAUGAAAAUCCCCAUCUCCACGGUGGAAGCAACACCAAUGUAACUUGCAGCCUUGACUGGCUUCAAGGAGAAUUAUUCACCAAUGAUGAUACAAGCUCACAAAGCUCAUUCAACUCCAUCAAGUACUCGAAUUUAAAUUACUGCUCAGGCAAUGAAGACAGCUGCGAGACAAGUACAAGAGGAGGAGAACAUCUCAGUUUUGCGAAGGCACACAAGUCUACAAGAUUCUGCCCUGCCGACAGCAAUUUGUGCUCAAAACAACACAAACAACGCAACGCGCAGUUGGGUUCUUGGGAAUGUAGUAGCUCAAGUUCGCAGCCAAAGCUAAGUAGGCAUCGAUCACUUGUAGAUGUGCGUAGCCAGUUGUUGCACAAGUCAUUGCUGGAACAGAUACAUAAGAGGAGAUUGUUCAAGACUGUCGGUGCUGUUGAAAAUAUCGGAUUUCAUGAGCCUGGUUUUCCGGAUGAUGAUGAAAAGCAGAGAUUUAAAUGGUGAAAACUGGAAAACGCAUGCCGUAAAUCUCUUCUAGUUAAUUAUGGUUCGAGCUUAAUAUGUAAUGUAAGUAAGCUUUGCUCAGUGCGUGUGUUUGUGUUUUCUUUACAGUAAAUGUUUGUAAGUGAAGAAAAACUUCCAUUAGGCUUCGGGUUUUGCUCAAUCUAAUAAAUCAUUGCCCUGAACUUGAA